AUGCAUCGACAACAGCUAUCUGGUGGCUCAAACAGCCCUCCAAGGAUGUAUUCUCAAGCCCAAAACCGAACAUCUCGUCCAUACACCAACCUGGUAGCUGGCUAUCAAAACCAGGCGUCAGGAUCAAACCUUCAGCGUAGCUACGGGUUGACUCCAUCCCCUCAACGGCAGCCAGGUCAACAAGUACCUGGUACUCAAUCACAGGGAACAGGUCACUUGCCUGCUACAAGUGGCCUCACGUACGCUGAGGUUGUCCGGAACCACACGCCUGUCGCCAGCCAAUACAGCUCAGCACGUCCAUCGAAAACAAGCUCCACUCUUGCUGAAAAUUUACAGCCUUGCAGCCCCCCUCGCCGCGGUCCUGGCACAGCACCCAGAAGGGACUACACGAAAGACAUGACGGAUGAUAUCAUGUUAGAUCCAGACUCGUUGUCUGAUGAAGGGUUGCUUCUAAUGUACACUAACGAGGGCGACUCAGAAGGUGCACGAGAGCCAUCCCCUUACAACAGCAUGGUUCCCGGAAUGUCUGUGUUGCCAACACUUCAGGGGCCAGUUCUUGAAAAACUGACAAAAGAUGAUGGCCCUUGGUCAACUUUUCAUCUUCAAGCAAUGCCGCAAACGGGCCCAGGUGCAUUUCAAGUCAACCGUAUGGGUGAAGCUACUCACUUGGCUGCCCCUGGCAUGUAUAACCCGUCAGACUCGCAAAGAUCCGGUCAAUACAUCGACUACAGAAUUGCGCAUGAUCAACCCAUUGAACCACGCAGCGGGUACGGACAAGCCAGAGGUAGACCUACCCAAAUCAUGGAUCAUCGGAGAAUUCCCAGACAGGUUCAUCCCAACCACCAUGUUUCAGGUGGUACAAAUCUCCGCCAGACCAACAUAAAUCCUCCUGCUUGGUCGGGCGAUGGCCGCUCCCACCCUUCCGCUUCGACGACCUCGAUACCUCCCGAACAUCGACAUUGCCCUCACUGCGGCGUGCAGUUCAAAGGAAAUAAGGACGGAAAAGGGAAUCUUGCGAGACAUAUCCGGCAUAAGCACACGGAUUGUCCUCAGAUCUGUUGCGACUACUGUGGUCAACUGUUUAAGCGGACUGACGCCCGUCUCAAACACCACCGGAAAAAACACCCAGGCUUUCCUACUCCCAGCUUAAGCUCUCAAAGGUCUCGUCAGAGCAGCAUGCAAUUCCAAGCUGGCACACCAUAUGACCUAUACAGUAAUGGAAGUCAAGGCUUAAAUAGUUUUGAGGCAUCGCAAGACAACACUGCAAACAUGGGACAACCAUACCAACAUCCCAAUGAUCUCCUUGGACUUGCGGAUCAGUACUAG